AUGCAGGGCAGAGCUCCCACGCGAGGACUCGGCAGAUCUUCCUCUUACAAGAGGCCAAGGGUGACGCCUAAGCUAACUCGCCGUAGUACUCCUCCCAGUGGAUCUAGGCAGCCGCCUACACCUGUACAUACACCCCGCCCACCAGCAGAGCAGCACAGCCUCCGCCGCAGCAGCACAGGAGCCUCUGGAGCAAGGACUGCUCCUUCCACACCCAGCUCCCCUGCACGGACCCCAGCAGCAGCAACAGCAGCAAGGACCCCUCAGCAACCAGCCGCAGCUGCUGCUGGUGCUGGGAAGGGCCCACAGCAGCAACCUGCGCAAGCCCCAGCAGCAGUAGGGGCUCCUCAUCAUUCGACUGACGCAACGGCAACAUCAGGAACACCGAAGCAGCAGGCUGCUGCUGGUGCUGCUGCUGCUGCUGCUGCUCCUUCCCCAUAUAAUGUGAGUGGGCAGCAAUACGGAGGCCCCGCGUACGGCUCUCCUGCGCCUUAUACAGCUCAGGGGCCUGGUGGAGGUUGGGGUGUACCUCCAGCACAUCCGCAUGCAACUGGCUAUCCCCAUGGAGCAGCAGCAGGUGCAGCAGCGCCAGCAGCAGCAGCAGCACCGGCGAGUUCGGGUCCCUCUUUUGCGCGCACAGCAGUCACUUCAGCUUUAGGUGCUGCAGUAGGGAGUAUGGUUGGGUCUGCUGUAACGAAUUCUAUGAUGAGGCAUCAUUCAGAUCAUUCGGGGGCAGCAGCAAGCGACAGCAGCAGCAACAAUAGCAGCAGCAGCAGCACGGAUCCAUCUGCUGCAGCAACAACAGCGUCUAGCCCUGCAGAGGCAAAGGAAAAGACGCUAAAGGAGAGCCAACGUAUCAUUGAAAUCGCAUUUGUAGGUGUAGGAGAAGACGAAUUUGCAAACAGCGUUAGGGGGCCCCAGGCCUUCGGAAACAAAGUGCGAGAUGCUGUGGUGCAGGCCCUGGGGGUUCCUGCUUCUCGUAUUGUCUUAGACGAGGUCUCUAUAAAGAAAACCAGCAGCAGCAGCAGCAGCAGCAAGGAGCCUCUAGACGUGACGGUGCGGCUUAUCGCUAUGCCUGAGGAGAAGACCAGUGCAACAGAGCCAACUGCUGAGGAGUUAGCAGCAGAAGUAGCUAGGCAGCUACAGCAACCAAAGAGUUUUCUUUUGCGUUUGCUGUUUUCUUUCUUCCCCGGCUUUCCUUCUCCUGUCUUAGCAGCAGCAGACCCAGGGGAUGCCUUUGAUGAUGCUGCUGCAGCAGCAAGAACAAAGGUCGCUGCUGCUGCUGCUGCUGCACCCAAAACUGCAGCAAACGCAGCAGCCACCCCACAGCCUGCAGCAAAGCUUCCUUGUUUGCUGCUGCUGCUAGGCAGCACGUUUUUCCUCUGGCGGCGUUUAGCUGUGCGCAUUUCUCUACAAACACUUCUAGACAAAGGAGAGCCAAGAGCAAUUAACGCAAGUCUGCUCGCCUCCCCUCCCCAUAAGGACUCCCGGGAGCAGCAGCAGCAGCAGCAACUGUUGCUGCUGCUGCUGCGGAUGUUAGGGUAA